UUCUGGAGACUGCAGCAAGGGCAUGAAGACCGCGGCGGGUCAUGGGGCCACUCGCAGCGACGGACAGCCGAAGCUGGGACUAUGCGUCCUCUGCGGCUUGCCGGCGGCCGGAAAGUCGACUUUUGCACGUGCGCUGGCCCUCCGUCUGCGGCGGGAGCGGGGUUGGGCCGUGGGCGUCCUCUCCUAUGACGAUGUGCUGCCUCUUGCGAUCCCGGACUGCGCUGGCACACAGCCUCGGCCAUCCCAGUGGAAAAUGUUCCGACAAGAACUGUUAGAGCACCUGGAAUGCUUCCUUGUGGCGGUCAUUAGUGGGGCUCAGAUGUCUGCCCCACCCAACAGGACUGAGGCCAUGUGGGAAGACUUCAUAACCUGCUUAAAAAGUCAGGAUUUGAUGAUCUUUCGUACAGCACCAGAGGCCCAGCCUUGCCACCUCUUGGCAAAACCUGCUGUUUCUAGACCUUUGUUUUUGGUGUUAGAUGACAACUUUUAUUACCAAAGUAUGAGAUAUGAAGUCUACCAACUGGCUCGGAAAUAUUCACUAGGCUUUUGCCAGCUCUUUUUAGACUGUCCCCUGGAGACAUGUUUGAAGAGGAAUGGUGAGAGGUCCCAGCCACUGCCUGACGAGACCAUCCAGCUCAUGGAGAAAAAGAUAGAGAAACCCAACCCUGAGAAAAAUGCCUGGGAACACAACAGCCUCAUAAUUCAGAGUUCAGCAUGUUCUCUGGAAGCCAGCCUGGAGGUGACUGGUUUGUUGAUUACUGCAUUGGAAAAUCCCAUAAAAUGUGCUGAGGAUAAUAUGGAACAAAAGGAAACUGACAGAAUUAUUUGUUCUACUAACAUCCUUCAUAAAGCCGAUGAGACACUCCGAAGAACCAUCUCUCAGACGAUGAGGGAAGCCAGAGAUGAACAAAUACCUCUUAAUAACUUGAAGCAUCUAGCAGAAGAACUUAACAAGCUCAAAGCAGACGUUUUGGAAGAUCUAAGACAAGGAAAUAGAAAAUAUCUGUGCUUUCAGCAAACCACUGACAUAUCAGAUAUUAUUUCUUCUUUUUGUAAGGAGAGAGAUACUAUUGUACAGAAGUAUUUUUCAAAGCAACAUUAAACUUUCUGAAUUUCUAGUCAAA